UCGACAACACUGGGCGCUCAGAGAAGAGGCGCUGCGUUUGACCAGCACGCUGCAGACAUGCCAGUGUGCAACUUCUUCCUCCAGGGACGUUGUCGUUACGGUGAUAAAUGCUGGAAUGAGCACCCGAGUGGAGGAAGCAGAGGAGGAGGUGGAGGAGGAGGAGGAGGAGGAGGAGGAGGAGGACGAUACAACAACAACAGCUACAACUCUUCCUCUCAGCAGCAGCCUAGAGGAGGAGGAGGAGGAGGCUUCGGAAACCGAGUUUGGGUGAAUCCUUCCCAGCAAAAAGGAGGCUAUAUCCAGCCUUCAUCUUUCUCCUCUCAUGGAACUGAGGAAUGGGGAGGAGGAGGAGGAGGAGGAGGAGGAGGAGGGAAUGACUGGGGCCGAGGAGGAGGUGGUGGUGGUGGAGGGACUGACUGGGGUCGAGGAGGAGGAGGAGGAGGAGGUGGUGGUGGGACUGACUGGGGUCGAGGAGGAGGGGGGAGAAGAGACAAUGUGAGCUUCUCUGCUCAAAACAGAUUUUCAGCGCUUGAUACGACCAAUACUUUUGAAAAAGGAGGAAGAGUCGGAGGGGGAGAACAGCAGGUGACAGCCGGGGAGGAAGAUGAUGACAAAAAACUGGAGAUCAUCCAGAUGGACAUGGAUAUCUGGGAGAGUUCGGGGCAGUGGGGCUUUUCGUGUUAUUCUAGCUUCAAGACAUCUUUAUCUGGUUUCACUGAUCUCUCUCCAGAAGAGCUCAGGCUGGAGUAUUACUCCACAAGAGCUUCAGGAGAUCUGCAGGGUUAUGUUAAUGGUAUCAAUCAGUUGCUCAACCAGUGGAGAAGCAGAGUCCAGGAACUGAAGCUUAUGAAUCCAGCCACCCGUGCUGCUCUGCUCGCAGAGAUAAACAACCCAGCACCUCAAGCACCUUCAAGUGGCUUUGGUUCUGUAUUUGGAUCUGCUACAUCCAGCUUGGAAAGCAAAGGCUUUGGGGCUCCACCACCAGCCGCGGCCGACGCUUUCAGCUUUGCUGCUCCAACCAGUGGAUUUGGUUCCUCGGCAGCUCCAACCAGUGGAUUUGGUUCCUCGGCAGCUCCAACCAGUGGAUUUGGUUCCUCGGCAGCUCCAUCGUCCUCCGCUGGUUUUGGCAGUGCCUUAGCGGCUCCUACACAACCUCCCUCCGGGUUUGGUUCCUCCACUGCAGCCUCCUCAGCUGUGAAUGCUUCUUCUUUCUCCUUUGCUGCUCCGACCGCCGACAAGCCAGCAGCCCCUUCAGGAUUUGGCUCUGCCUCAGGGUUCAAUUUCAACUCCACACCGAACACCGGUGGAGGAUUUGGGAGUGGUUUUGGACAGACAAGUGGUGGGUUUGGGAAGACUGCUCCUUCAACCGCAGCAGGAGUGGGGUCUGCCGGCGGGGCAUCGGACAGUCUGUUCUCACAUGAAAGCAAUAUGACUCCUGAGGAACUGAAUCAGUUCAAGGCUAAGAGGUUCACUCUGGGCCAGAUUCCUUUAAAGCCUCCCCCAGCUGACAUGCUGGUGGUAUGAUGCUGCAGGAAAAAUUCACAGAUUUUUUUAAAUCAAGAGAUCAUUUUUAAAAAGUAAAGAUUUUUCUUCUGCAUAGCGCUUCUAUUUAAACCAAUUCAUUAUUCAAGUUUUUCAGAUAUGGCUGAUUAGUUUAUUCUACUAAUACUUAGGAUCGAUACUGGCAGGGAAAACUUUGAUUUAAGAUGUUUAUGCAAAGCUCGCUUCAUGUACAGGUGUACAACACAUAGUAAACAUUUUAGAUGAUGUAUUUUGUCACGAAAAGUUCUAUUUUCAAAUGAUUGUCUUUCAGGAUUGUUCUGAAUCAGUUUGCAAACUUUACCUUUUCCCAUUUGUUUAGAGGCGGAUAGUUAACGGGACCGUUGAUAAGCAGAGUUUCUGAAGGUUUAUAUGCAUGAUAAUGUGGAUCAAACAUAAUCUAUAAUUCAACAAAACAAUAAAAACAUGCCUUGAACUUGGUUGGAAGCUUUAAUCAGCACAAAAAGCAGCAUAAGGUCCAUAAUGUCUUCUUAACUAAAAAUACAUUUCACUGAAUGCUUCAUGGCAGAAUAAUAGAAUAUCUUCUGAUUGUUAAACUGUAAUUGUCCUGCAAUUAUACAAGUUGUAAUUGCACAAUUUGACCAGGAGAGUGUGACAGAAUACAAGCGUGAACAAAAAGAGCCUUUUAACGUUUUAGUGAAGCACGCACACUAGGCAAAUGUAAUUUGUUUGGACAUAUUCUUCUUCUUCUCCCUUUUGUAUGUGUUUGAACUCACAUUGUUAUGUGACACUGUUGUAACAACCGCACACCAGUCUAAAACCAUCAAUCCAAUCCAGCUUGCAGGCCUACAUCCACCAAAAGACAGGAAAGUGUGAUGUGUGCAUGGUUGACAGUGAGUGAGUAAGCUAUUCAAUACGUAUUCAUUAGGUGUUGAACACCCGCUGGGACCACAAGUAGAGGAAUAUGGCGACAAAGAGACAGCAAUAAGCUAUUCUGCUGCUAUAGGGGGCUAUGGCUCUGCUGACUGGAGCAUAUUUUCAGCUGACAGGGAGUUUGUGAUAUCAGCAAGAGGUGAAACUGAGCUGGAGCUGCCUCCCGUGUGUGUCUUGGUGCGAGUUUGUGUUUGUGCAAUCAUCCCAAGUCAAUAUCUCAUAGCUCGGGUCAAAUGCAUUGUGCAUAUAAGUUAUACAAUUAUGUGCAUGUAAAUGGCAACACAGCGUUCAUUAACUGCCAGCAACGGUGUGCAACAUAGUCAUUUUUUUCUCCUACUUCUCAGUCUGUCAGCAGUAACUUCCCACCCACCUCCUAAUAAUGUAUAAAUAAUUCAACAGAUUAAUAAACGAUUGAAAAAGAGACCUCAUGAAAAGGCACUUGCACGCUCUCUUCGGUGAAACUUGUGUAAACUGCCAUCUGG